GAGCCUUCUCUCCUCAGCCCAGGACAUCUGUUUGAGUGAAGAGUUCUUGCAACGAAAGGAGAAAUAUUUCCUGUGCCCAAGGAGAAAACCCUUCAUGUUCAACUCCUGGCUCUAAUAUUGAACAUUAACCAUACCAGGUCUCUUCUCUUAAAUCCAUCUUCUUCGAGUGGAUUCCAUGGUGAGUACAAAUAAUGUAACUGAGUUAAUUUUCAGCGGUCUUUUCCAGGAUCCAGAGGUGCAGAGAGCGUGCUUUGCGGUGUUUCUGCCCGUGUACUUGGCCACGGUGGUGGGCAAUGGCCUCAUUGUUCUGACGGUUAGAGUCAGUAAGAGCCUGCGUUCCCCCAUGUACUUCUUCCUUAGUCACCUGUCGCUGGUGGAGAUCAGUUACUCCUCCACUGUUGUCCCUAAAUUCAUCACAGAUUUACUUUCCAAGAUUAAAACCAUCUCCCUGGAGGGUUGUCUGGCUCAGAUAUUCUUCUUUCACUUCUUGGGGGUCGCUGAGAUCCUCUUGCUCGUGGUGAUGGCUUAUGACCGCUAUGUCGCCAUCUGCAAACCUCUUCAUUACAUGAGCAUUAUGAACCGUCAGCUGUGUCACAUACUCGUAGCUGGUUCCUGGUUUGGGGGCUUUCUUCACUCCAUAAUUCAGAUUCUCAUCACCAUCCAAUUGCCCUUCUGCGGUGCCAAUGUGAUUGAUCACUACUUCUGUGACCUCCAGCCAUUAUUCAAGCUUGCCUGCACUGACACCUCUGUGGAGGGGGUCGUUGUGUUGGCCAACAGUGGCUUAAUUGCUCUGUGCUCCUUCCUCCUCUUGGUGUCCUCCUAUAUUGUCAUCCUGGUCAACUUGAGGAACCAUUCAGCAGAGGGGAGACGCAAAGCCCUCUCCACCUGUGCCUCUCACGUCACGGUGGUCGUCUUGUUCUUUGGACCUGCCAUCUUCCUCUACAUGCGGCCCCCCUCCACCUUCACUGAGGACAAGCUGGUGGCCGUGUUCUACACGGUGGUCACCCCCAUGCUGAACCCCAUCAUCUACACACUCAGAAAUGCAGAGGUGAAAGUUGCCAUGAGGAGGCUGUGGGGCAAAAAAGAGAACUCAGGGAUGGAGCGAAAAUGGGAAAGUGAUUUAUAAA